AUGGUUUUGCCCAAGGUAGACCGUGCUGUCGAAGUCACUCAGCCCUACACAGGACCUCUAUCGGUGUUCGCGCUCAUCUAUCGUACAUAUGGCAUAAUUUGGCAGUAUAUCCAGGACAACCGCCUUGAAACCCCAACAUUGGCUCGGAGUUCUACGAUAAAGAUGAAAUCUCACCUCUCAAUAGAAGCUCUCGAGUCGAGGCUCGCCAAGAAGAAGUUUGAUUCUGAUGAAGAGUCCAGCGAAAGUGAACCCGAUCACCAAUCAGAAGUUGAAAACCCUGAUGAUGGCAUAGUGGAGAUCAAAGAAGAUGCAGCUGCAGGCGAUAAGAAAGAUAACUAG